GUGGAAUAUAUGUAUAUAAUAAAUAUGCAAAUAGAAGGUGGCCAGCUAUGAUUUCUUGGGACUAUCUCUACACAUGUGCACCGAAUGACUAAAGUUGAAUUUAUUUAUUUUUCUUUGAAAAGUUAAAGUUGAUUCAUAUAGUUUGGUCAUUGUAGGAAUGUGAUUCUGUACAUUUGAAGGUGAAAUUGUUAAUAUAAAUUUCAUACCAUGUUUUAUGUAUUUAGGAGUUUAAUUUAUGGGUUUUAAUUGAUUUUGAUUUCUAAUUUAGCUUAGUGGUUUUUAAUGAAUAAUUCUAUGCAUACUAACAAUCUUACUAAAAUUAUAAAUGGUUAGAUGUGAUUGGUUGUCAAAAAAAUAACAAGAUUUAAACCACGAAUAAUAUUUGGACAUGGAUGUUUUUAGUAGGAUUGUUUUUUUUUUUUUUUUUUUUUUGUUUUUUGUUUUAGAGAAGGGGAGGUGGUUGUAGGCCAUUGUUUGUCCCAUUGUCAUGCCAACAAUCCCAUUGUCAUAUGCUAUGAUGGUUCUACAGAGAACAAAAGAAAAUUAGAAGGAAAAUAAUUAAAAAAACAUAUCCACAGAUCAAUCUUGAGUUCCAUCUUAUCAUGACCUUCUAUAAAUGGGUAUUAUUGGGAGGUAAUGUCUUGUUUUUAUAGUUUCUUAACAUUUCACAUAGGAUCGGUACAUCUUAAAAUGUUUCUGCAUAUACCAUAACCUUUAAUUAAUAAAGUCAUGCAUUGAAUUAAACUUUAUACUAUUAAAAGUCAUCAAGAUGAGCUAUCCAUUACAGUGAUUAUGAAUCUUGACCUGAUAUGGAUUCGAGCAUAAAAUUAUUAGAUUGAAAACAGUAUCAUGUGGAAGAAAGAAAAAAAAAAAAACUAUUCCUUCAUUUGGAGUUGUUUUAGAUUAACAUUUAGUUCAUGAUGCCCUUCAUUAGAGAGAGUGUUUAGAUUCCCCUUUUUAUGAUAUUCUCUUGUUUGAUUGUGUUAUUUAUUUUGGAUAGUUUGGGGAUUAUACCAUGCAAAGUUCUUGUGGGAGUAGAAAUGUAGUUGUGGGCUACUUAAUACAAAGUUUAUGAUGUCCAUUAUCCAUCUGAGAUUUAACUCAGCACAAGCAAGGAGUUUAAAGUGGAAAAUUAUGAAGCAUGUAUUUUUUUUUUUUUUUGAUAAAUAAAAAUUAUGAAGCAUGUUAAAAUAACAGUAUCUUAAACUUUCUCUCAUCUCUGUGUCAAGGAACUAAUACUAUCACUCCAUAUGCCAUAGAAACAUCAUGUAGUUUUAAUGUUAUUUUGAGUGAAGUGCCUUCUGAAAUUUUGUACUUAAGAUUGCAAAUGUACCUUUGUAUACUUUGUGGAAUUUGCUGUUAAUUUAUCCAUGGAACUUUUCAGUCAGUGUCAAUUUAAUGUUGGGCUGCUUUAUGCUGAUGUGUAUGGAUCAUCUAUUCCAACCAUGAUGAAACUCAAUAGCAGGCCUAAAGUUAAUAAAGGUGUGAAAGUCCUUGAACAUGUGUCAGGGGGAGUUGAUUGGGGAAGCUUGAUAUUCUCAUGGUGGAUAUGCUCUUGGGACUGUUUGUAGGGUAGCUUCAUCAUUUUGUUAGUAACCGAUGAAUCGAACAUCGAUCAAUUCUAUUAACCAAAUCAUCCAAAGAUCAAUCUGCUCUGCACCGACUUCGGAACCAGUCCUCAACACUAAUUUUCUAUCGAAAUCGUCAUUCUCAUCGUUAUCGUCGUCAAUUUCAUCUCUCCAAAUCCUAACAGAUUCUCAGACCAAAUCAAUCUCAAACCCACUUUACAGUUUCCUUCCCCAUACUCAAAACCCUAACAAUAUAGUCGAUCUCAUAUGCUCCAAUCUCAAACAACACAAUACCCAUUUUCCCAUUGUUCACAAAGAUAUUCAGGGGCUUCUUCCUCAUCUGGGUACCCAUGAAAUUUCUAGGGUUUUGUUGAGAUGCCAAUCUGAUUCUUCCACUGCUCUCACUUUCUUUAACUGGGUAAAAAAUGAUUUGGGUCUUAAACCAUCGACCCAUAACUACUGUAUUAUUGUUCACAUAUUGGCAUGGUCUAGGAACUAUUCACGGGCAAUGAAACUGUUAUCUGAAUUAAUAGAGUUGAAUAGAGAUGUUUCGGCAAGUGGAGAUGUUUUCCAAAGUUUGGUUCAGUGUACAGACGAGUGUAAUUGGAACCCGAUUACCUUUGAUAUGCUUGUUAAGGCUUAUGUUAAAGUGGGUAUGAUUAAAGAAGGUUUGAGAUCUUUUCGGAAGAUGGUAAAGCUUGGAUUUGUUCCACAUGUUGUUGUAUUUAAUAGUCUUUUGGAUGGACUUUUGAAGUCGAAUUAUACUGAUCAGUGUUGGCGAAUCUAUGAAGACAUGGGGAGAAUCGGGGUACAUCCCAAUUUGUAUACUUUUAAUAUAUUAACUAAUGCCUUUUGCAAAGGUGGAGACGUCGAUAAGGUGAAUGAGUUCUUGGAGAAGAUGGAAGAAGAAGGGUUUGAUCCUGAUAUUGUGACGUAUAACACAUUGAUUGAUAGUUAUUGUAAGAAGGGAAGAUUGAAAGAUGCGUUUUAUUUGUAUAAGAUUAUGUAUAGGAGGGGUGUCAUGCCAGAUCUGGUUUCAUAUACUGCCUUGAUGAAUGGUCUCUGUAAAGAAGGGAAAGUGAGAGAGGCUCAUCAGAUCUUACGUUGGAUGGUUCAUAGAGGGUUGACUCCAGACAUUUUGACAUAUAACACUCUUAUAUGUGGUUACUGUAAGGAGGGAAUGAUGCAAGAAUCUAGGUUGCUUUUGUCUGAUAUGGUUAGGAAUGGGAUUUUCCCUGACAAUUUUACCUGUUGGAUUCUUGUAGAAGGAUAUGUGAAAGAGGGUAGGUUGCUGUCGGCCUUGAAUAUGGUUGUGGAGCUUCAGAGAUUUGGAGUUUCAGUUUGUCGAGAUAUUUAUGAUUACCUAAUCCUUGCUUUGUGUCAGGAGAAUCGCCCAUGUGCAGCAAAGAAUCUCUUGGAAAGAAUGUCUCAAGUUGGUCAUGAGCCUAAAGAGGAAAUUUGCAAUGAGUUGAUCUAUUCUCUAUCCAAGUGUGAUUUUGUGGAGGAGGCAUUGCUGUUGAAAGCUGAGAUGGUUUCUAAUGAUUUGAAACCCAAUUUAGUUACCUAUAAAGCUCUUAUAGGCUGCCUGUGUAGAUUAAGUAGGAGUGUGGAGGGUGAGUCCUUAAUGAGAGAAAUGGUUGAAUUUGGUGUGAAUCCUGAUAUUGCAACUUGCAGGGCUUUGAUAAAUGGAUUCUGCAAUGAAAGGAAUCUUGAUAAAGCAGAAUCUCUACUUGGUUCAAUUGUUGAAGAAUUUCAAAUUUAUGACAUAGAAUGUUGUAACGCACUCCUCAAGAUUUAUUGUGAGGCAGGUGAUGUUGCCAAGUUGAUGGAGCUUCAGGAUAGGUUGCUGAAAGUGGGCUUUGCACCAAAUAGCCUGACAUUCAAGUACAUGAUAGAUGGAUUAUGUAAAGCUACGAGAUCAAAAACUGUGUGCUGCCUGAGGAAUGAAGAAAACAAAGGAUAGGCUCUUGUAACCAAUCUCUCUUGAAAGCUCCCGAAUAGAGUUUUCUGGUGUCAGAUUCAAAUCAGUUGCUGUUGCCUUCAGAUAUGAGAAAGUGGCACUUGAUUUGUUGAAUUGCUAUGUGCUCCAAGCAGCACAACUGUUAGUGGUAAAUGAGGGUGGUGCCAAGAGGGCUCCAGCAACUUGGACAGCAAGAGGCAUUACUAUGAGUUGUAAACCUUAUGCAACUGUGGCACUUGAAAAUGUUCUGAUUGGUUAACGACAGCGAUCAUAGAGUUCCAGAAGUCAUCGAGAAGCUUGCAACCUAUUGGCUCCAGAAGUCGUGCACCUAUGUGCCAUGGAGUUUGGGCAAUCUACAAUAACUAAGAUCACGUAACACUGGAGUUUAGGUAUAUUUAUUAUUUUGUGGAGUAUAUUGUAGAUGCUUAUAUUGUGGUGUUGAGACAUUUGGUCGGGAUGGGAUUGCUUGUUCAUGAGGCUCAAGUAUUUGGUGUGGAACUGCUAGAAACUGUUUUUUCGUCAUCUCCCGCUCAUGAGGCUCAUGUUCAAGCACUCUGGUGUGUCCAAAAAGAGCUUGGCUUGAGUUAUAUUCCUGAACUAUCAACACUAAUAUUAUCCUUGCUUGUUACUCUCAUUCAAACAGAGCUUGAACAUGAACAACUAUCUAUAUUGAAACUGCUUCUCUUCCUCUUGAAGUGGAAAAGUGAAAAUGAUGCAGUUAAUUUAAACGAAGAGCUUUUAUUCGUUUUUUCCUGCAUCAACCUUGUCUCAACUCCUUCUAAAUCUGUUAAACAAGC